AUGAGACGACUCUGGUUAACCACUGCAGUGGGAAGCUCGAGCCGUCGUCACUCGAGCUCGAUCCUUCGAUCAACUUCAUCUUCAUCGAGAGCUUCUCUGAUCUCCGCCAUUUUCCCCGUCAGCACUUUCCACACGGUCGCGUUACGGUUGAUCACCGCUCCUUCGUCUUUUCUCUCUUCUCCUAAGAGGACUUCCACUGUCUCACUCUCAUCAUCCAUGGCUUCUAGUGACGAAGGAGCUGUUUUCAAUUUGUCCGUCUCUAGCUUCCUUAAGAUACUCAAAGGCGACAUCACCAAAUGGUCCGUCGAUUCAUCUUCCGAUGCUAUUGUCACUCCAGCAAAUGAGCGAAUGUUAGGUGGUGGUGGUGCCGAUGGAGCGAUACAUAGAGCAGCUGGGCCACAGCUGAGAGCAGCAUGCUAUGAGGCCCCUGAAGUUCGUCCUGGAGUCCGUUGUCCUACCGGAGAAGCAAGAAUUACUCCAGGUUUUAACUUGCCUGCAUCUCGAGUGAUUCACGCUGUUGGACCGAUAUAUGACACAGAUGACAACCCUGAAAAGUCCCUCGCAAAUUCUUACAGAAAUAGCCUGAGAGUGGCAAAGGAAAACGAUAUCAAGUACAUUGCUUUUCCUGCCAUUUCUUGUGGGAUUUACGGAUAUCCUUUUGAUGAAGCUGCUGUGAUCAGUAUAUCAACGAUCAAAGAGUUCGCCAAUGACUUUAAAGAGGUGCAUUUUGUUAUGUUCGCGGACGAUAUUUAUAGCGUGUGGGUAAACCAAGCAAAGAAGGUGCUAUCAACAGCUUAA